GGACGUAGAACCUGAUAAUGAAGACGUAGACAACCAAUCUAGGGUAAAUGAAGCCAAUAUUGUGUCUAAUCCUUCAGAUGCGAGUGUGGGAAAAGGUAGUGAAGACCUGAUAGCUCACGAGCCUGUACAUGUGACUGAACUGGAUUCUGACACACCUGAAACAUACGAGGACCAGAAUGCUUCGUGUGAUUCCAACAGUGAUGCUCAAUCAUGCCAUGAAGCUCCCACUGCAACCGAAGACGAAACGAAGGAACCAAGUAACAUAGCAGUUGUUUCCAAUGUAGAACAAAGUGAUGUCAGCGAACCAACUGGAACACACGACAAUUCUGAAACUAAGGAUAGAGGGAAUCAAGGUAAUGAAGGACAUGCAGAACAAAGUGAUGUCAAUGAAGUGAAUGGGUCAAACAUCAGUCCUGAAUCUGACAGUGGACUAAAGAAAGGUAUCGAAGAACCUCCAGAAGAAGCACCUGAAGUACAUAAUGUCGUUAGUUGGGCGGAAAAACGGAAGAUGAAGAACGGUAAAAAAUUGGACAGAAAUUCGACCCACAAAGAUUUUUCAGAAAAAAGUCGGAAAUUUAACCUUGACCUAUCUCCUAAAGUCCUUUUCUCGCGUGGCUUAUUGGUGGAAUCUUUGAUAAGUGCAAAUAUUUCCCAUUAUGCUGAGUUUAAAAUAGUCGGUCGUAUUUUGACCUACAUGGACGGGAAGGUUGAAGAAGUUCCUUGCUCUAGAUCGGACGUAUUUGGCAGUGAGUUACUUAAUGUGUUAGAAAAACGUGCUUUGAUGCGGUUUAUGACAUUUUGUUCUACUUUUGAAGAUUGUCCUGAACAGUACGAAAGUUUUAAAGAUAAACCAUUCACAGAUUUCUUAAAAUCUCGUAAACUCACCACCAACCUCCAGCAUAUUAUUCUUAACGCUAUUGCUGGUGUACCCGUGAAUACGUCUACCCUUUCCGGAUUGAAGGCCACGCAGAAGUUUUUGCGAUCAUUAGGUCGCUAUGGAAACACGCCAUUUUUAUGGUCAUUGUAUGGUGCUGGUGAACUACCACAAGCGUUCUGUCGUAUGUGCGCAGUAUUUGGUGGAAUAUACUGUUUACGCAAGAAUGUUAAAUCAUUGGUUCUUGAUGAAAACAACAAGAAUUGCCUGGCAGUUAUUUCUGAAGAUGGUCAACGACUGCAUACUAAAUGGCUUAUCAUGGAGAAGUCGUAUGCACCAGACGUUUUCGAGAUAGUCACUCACAGCAUGAUAUCACGGGCUAUAUUAAUCACAGAUAGAUCACUAAAACAAGCGCCGCGGGAACACAUCAGUAUGCUUACAAUACCAGGUCGUUCCAAUGGAUAUCCUGUGCGUGUUAUUGAGUUGGCGCCAUCUUCAAUGGCUUGUCCAGAAUCCCUCUGUGUUGUUCAUGUUACUACUGAAACUGUGGUAAAUGCUUCAGAAGAUCUCAGUUCUUAUGUAGAAGACCUGUUUACCACACCAGGUGAGUGUACUUCAAAUCGUUUAUAUUUGUGCACUAAAAUUGAAACAUGAAUUAGCUACUUUUAGCUGUCGAAAUUGUAGGCCUUACUUUCAAAGGCGAUAUUAUGAUAUCAUCAAAAUCAAUGGUCAGCGUCGAUAGCGUGUGAAACAUUUUACCUCAUAACUCAGCGAGUUUUUGCUUCAAAAUUUGUGAAAAUUUGAGCGUAAAAUGGUGUCCUAUAACCUUAACUUUUAAUUACCAAUUCUAUUUACAGAUGCGGUUGACAGUGAUUGUGAAAAGCCAGUGAUUUUGUGGUCAGUAUAUUUCAAUAUGGAGAGUGGUGUUCCCGCAAAUAUUAGUAAGCUUCCGUCGAAUAUAAGAAUAACCUCGCUGCCUUCCGCUCACUUGGACUUUGAAGAUGCCUUAACAGAGGUAUUGAAUGGUGAAACUACAAUAAUUAUUAUAAUAAUCAUGUAUUGUCUGUUACUAUUACUCCACAGAUCAACUGAUAUCUUUAUUAGUUGAUACACAUUAGUAUUUUUCCUUAUUAUCAUUCACAUGAGUUUACACUUACACACAGGUACAGUAGAUGUCUUUCAUGAAGUGAAUGAUAAAGCAAUUAUUUAACUCGAUUAUCGCAAAAUAUUGUGAUUUGUCAGAUCAAUUAUUUCCGAUGCCGAAGGUAGAGGCAAAUAAAUUAAAUAAUAGAGCUGCGAUUUUGCUCAACCCCGUCGAAUAUAUAAUUGUGUAUAGAGCGUUUGCACAUGACGUCACAGCCGCCAUGUUGGUGUUCCAAUUCAAAAGAAUUUUAAUGAAACUCUUUUGUCUGGAACACCAACAUGGCCGCCAUGGCUUUUGUUGAGUUGCUCCCUGGGGAAUGAGUGCAAACGCUCUAUUGUUAAUAUUCUGCGAACUCGAGUCGUAUAUGAGCUGAUUGCCAACGAGGUGCGAAACACCGAGUUAGUUACUGUAUCAACCAUAUACGAGUGAGUAGAAUAACUGUUUUGUUAUAUAGACAACUACUGAAUUCACAGAUUCAUCUGUAUGGCAAUAUUUUGACAUGAAUGUAUUUCAAGGCUUUUCAGACAAAAUUACAAGUACUCGUUAAUUUCACAUCUAUAAAUUGACCUCUUUUGGCAUUACUUUUGGCAUUAACUGUAAACAAUUGCUGGGAGUAUUUUCAUUCUGUUUUUAUUCCUUUUAAUGCUAUUAAAAGCGAAUAACUUACUGAUUCCUUUUUCAGAAAACUCCAUUAAUUUUUGAGCCGCCAUCUUGUUUUUCUACUGGCAGAAAAAGAAGUAAUAUCCUGCUAGUAGAGAGCCAAUCAGAUUUCAGAUUAACUAUAUAAUAACAUAUGCUGUCUUCAAUUUAGGCUAAAGAUAUUUUCACGUCCAUAUGCCCAAAUGAAGAUUUUUUACUAGCUGUUCCUAACCCGGAAGACAUAAUAUGGGAUGAUAUCGGAAGUAAUACAAAGGAGGAACCAGGUGAACAAGCUGGUGAUGACGUAGUUCCCACCACUGACCAACAAUAUUCAGAAGGACACUCGACUAAAGACAGUGAUGUUGCCAAAACUCGUGAGGAACCAGAUACGUCUGAUAUGAAGGCCACAGAAAUAUCAACUUGUGAUAAGUCUCCGAAUGUUGAAGAUGGUAAUGAAGAUACCUCGAACGAAAUUGAAGCAUGA